AUGUUUCCCGUUGAGCUCCUGAACCUGUUUUUCAUUACGCGACAACCAAGGGAUGAGGCUGAGGAAAAGGUCCCCAAGUAUGACAAAUCUGUCUACAAAAGAGGGGACCUGUUAGCAGUCCACCGCAUUCUCUUUACGCACUUCGGCAUCUACCUGGGGGACAACAGGGUCGCUCACCUGAUACCCGACAUCCUGCCCGCCGUCUCCAAAAACCAGGACGCCAUCAAGAGGGCGGUGACCAACAGCAGGCUGAUCCUCGGGGUUGUCGCCAAGGUGGCCAGUGUGAGGGUGGACUCCCUGGAGGACUUUGCGUAUGGGGCCCCGAUCAUAGUCAACCUGCUGGACAAAGCGUGCAGCUGCCCACCGUUCAGCAGCGAGGAGGUGGCCAGGAGGGCCGAGAAGCUGCUGGGGUCCAUUACUUACAGCCUCCUCUGGCACAACUGCGAACACUACGCCAUGUACUGCAGAUACGGUACUCUGGCCAGCUUUCAGACCAACCAGUUCUGUGAAACGUUUAGGAAGACACUUUUCAGCAGCAGGAGUGCCUUACUUGUCGCCCUGUUGGGAUUGGGCACUUUGCUGUAUCUAGGUUCAGUGUCACCAAUCACCACUCUGCCCACCCUCCUCCUCCCGUUUACUCUUUGGAUGGCAUCAUAA